GCUCCCUCUGACGUUUCCCGGAGGCGCUUCAGGCGGAGCGGCUGAGGCAGAAGGCAGGUGAAGGCCUCGGCUUGUUCUUUCCGGUUCAGGAAAGAAGAUGGUAACCAUGCUUAGCUUGUGAAAACUCCUGCUUGCAUCUUAAUACACAAUGUCCCUGCUGUUCAUUCGCUCUAAGUCCAUCAUCACUAGCAAAAAGGACAAGAGACACAUGGCGGACGUCAGUGCCUCCCCCCUUAAGCAUUUUGUCACUGCCAAGAAAAAAAUAAAUGGCAUCUUUGAACAGUUGGCAGCUUACAUCCAGGAGAGCUCCGUGUUUCUGGAGGAAACACACAAAAAUGGUGAGCUUGACCCCGUCACCACGGAAGAGCAGGUGUCAGAGGUCAAGGGCUACCUGUCCAAGGUCAGCGGGAUCAGCGAGGUGCUGGCAAGGCGGCACAUGAAGGUGGCUUUCUUUGGGCGGACGAGUAAUGGGAAAAGUACUGUGAUUAACGCCAUGCUCUGGGAUAAAGUCCUUCCCUCUGGGAUCGGCCACACCACCAACUGCUUCCUGAGAGUGGAGGGGACGGACGGACAGGAUGCCUUCCUGCUCACCGAGGGGUCCGAGGAGAAGAAGAGCGUCAAGACAGUCAACCAGCUGGCUCACGCCCUCCACCAGGAUGAAUUGCUGACAGCCGGAGGUCUGGUCAGCGUCAUGUGGCCGAAUUCCAAGUGCCCUUUACUCAAGGAUGAUCUUGUUUUGAUGGACAGCCCCGGAAUCGACGUCACGACCGAGCUGGAUAGCUGGAUUGAUAAAUUCUGCUUGGAUGCCGAUGUCUUUGUGUUGGUGGCCAACUCUGAGUCGACGCUGAUGCAGACGGAGAAGCAGUUCUUCCACAAAGUGAACGCUCGCCUCUCUCGGCCCAACAUCUUCAUUUUGAAUAACCGCUGGGACGCUUCGGCAUCCGAACCGGAAUACAUGGAGGAGGUUCGCCGACAGCACAUGGAACGCUGCACCAGCUUCCUGGUGGACGAGCUGGGUGUGGUGGAUCGUGCCCAGGCUGGCGACCGCAUCUUUUUUGUCUCUGCAAAAGAGGUCCUGAAUGCCCGCAUCCAGAAGGCUCAGGGUAUGCCCGAAGGAGGCGGGGCGCUGGCUGAGGGUUUCCAAGUGAGGAUGUUCGAAUUCCAGAAUUUCGAGCGAAGGUUUGAGGAGUGCAUCUCGCAGUCCGCAGUCAAGACCAAGUUUGAGCAGCACACGGUCAGAGCCAAGCAGAUUGCGGAGGAGGUCCGGCACAUCAUGGAUUCCGUGCAUGUGGCCGCGCAGGAACAGAGGGUUUACUGCCUGGAGAAGUGGGACGACCGCCAGGAGCGCCUGGGAUUCAUCGAGAAACAGCUGGACCUGCUCAGUCAGAGCUACAAGUUGAAAAUCAAGGAGAUCACAGAAGAGGUUGAGCGCCAGGUCUCAAACGCGAUGGCAGAAGAGAUCAGGAAGCUCUCGGUGUUAGUGGAUGAGUUUCAGCUGGAUUUCCAUCCUUCCCCCGUGGUCCUGAAGGUUUAUAAGAACGAGUUGCAUCGGCACAUCGAGGAAGGCCUGGGCCGAAACAUGUCUGAUCGCUGCUCCGGUUCCAUCGCCGCCUCUUUGCAGAUCAUACAGCAAGAUAUGAUUGAUGGGCUGAAGCCCCUCCUCCCCAUUUCCCUGAGGGGGCAGAUCGAGCUGCUGGUCCCAAGGCAGUGCUUCACUCUCAGCUACGACCUGAACUGCGACAAACUCUGCGCCGACUUCCAGGAAGACGUCCAGUUCCAUUUCUCCCUCGGCUGGACCAUGUUGGUGAACCGGUUUCUGGGGCCCAAAAAUACACGUAGGGCCUUGAUGGGCUACAGCGACCAGGUCCAGCGUCCGUUGCCCCUGACCCCGGCGAACCCAAGCCUGCCCCCCAUGCCACAGGGGUCCUUGACUCAGGAGGAGCUGAUGGUCUCCAUGGUAACCGGCCUGGCCUCCCUCACGUCCAGGACUUCGAUGGGCAUCCUUGUGAUCGGUGGAGUGGUCUGGAAGGCGGUGGGCUGGAGGCUGAUCGCCCUUUCCCUGGGCCUCUACGGACUCCUCUACGUCUACGAGCGCCUCACCUGGACCACCAAAGCGAAGGAGAGAGCCUUCAAGCGCCAAUUCGUGGACUACGCCGGGGAGAAACUUCAGCUGAUCGUCAGCUACACCGGCUCUAACUGCAGCCACCAAGUGCAGCAGGAACUGGCAGGAACCUUUGCUCAGCUGUGCCAGCAGGUGGACGUGACGAGAGAAGAUCUGGAGAAAGAAAUUGCAGGCCUGAAUCAAAAGAUUGAGAUUUUGGAUACUUUACAGAGUAAAGCCAAGUUGCUUAGGAAUAAAGCAGGAUGGCUGGACAGCGAGCUGAACAUGUUCACACAUCAGUAUUUGCAGCAGAGCAGAUAAGCCUCCGAAAUGGGAGCCCACGGGGAGGCUGCCUGUUUCUCCCCCCUCCUUCCCAGUUACAGAACUGGGAAAAUAAUUCCAGAUGAUGGGAACUUUUGGGAGGGGGGAAGUGGAAAGUCUCGUUCCUCUUUGCGCCCGUCCCUUCCGUGCACACAGUUACUUUGAAACCCCUUUUCCUUUCUCCGCACGUGGGCCCUUCUAUCCUCGUAGCCAGCCUUUGCAAUCUUAGCAGUUUUGGGCUUAGUAAGAAGAACGUUGACAAUCCCGAUGACUAGGGCCGGGGAUAUCCCACGUCCUGCAUCUAAUCCCCUUUACUCCUCGAUGAAAUAGCAAACUUAAUUUGCAUUUUUUUUAGUGGGUGUGGAAUGAAAUUAACCCCGCGAUGCCUGCUUGCCACAAAUGAAUGACUCCCGAAGGGAAUCCUGUCAUAAUUUAUAGGACAAAAUUGGGUGCAUCCCAGACCAAUUCCGAGGUUGGCUGAGCUUGGCGUCUGAAUUUUGGAAAGCAAGGAACAAGUCCGGUUGGGUUUCUUCAACCUUGAAGUCCCAUCCUCUCCUUUUACACGCUUGUGACAUUAGCGAGUGGGCUAAAUCUUCGGUCUUUCUGUCCUGAUCCUCAGAUUUCUACGAUGAUCUUAUUACGAUCACCGUGUCUUUCCCUGCGGCUUUUGCCCUAAAAAUAGCGCCUCCUAAAGGGGCCAGUCCUUAUGAAGUUAACCGAGUUAACUUCAAACAUUUAAUGAAUUUAUUAGAGGGUAUGUGCAGGUGGGCUGAGAGUGACGCACGAAGUUAUAGACGGAUGAAAUGUAAGAAAAGAUUCGGAGGGAAAAUUUAGUCAAUUGCAUUUUGUGUCUCUCUCCUUCAAGCGAGGGUAGAUAGAAUUAAUCAGCUGUAAUGGAUUUUGACCCCUUUGAUUGUUUCUCUAUUUUUUUUUCCUUGCUCUUCCUUUGUUUAUGAACCUUUUCACGACUUCUGCAAUUGUCUCUUCUACCUUUAAAUUAAUUUUUUUUUAAGGACGUUGCUCCCAUUUCAAUCCAGCCCCAUCCCUUUAAAAAUUCAGUUUCCAAAAUACGCCUAAAUUGGCAUAUAUGUAUAUAUUUCCUCCUGGGUCAAUUGAGGCCCACUUAGGAGGUGUCAGUUUGGGGAGGGGGCACGCACUGGGGGUAGCUUGUGCCAGUCUAAUCUGUGCAGAGGUCACAAUUGGGAUUAUUCCAGGUGUGGUUUUUUUUGGACCGAAAGACACUCCAGUACCAUAGUUUUCAACCUUGGCACCUUGAAGAUAUGUGGACUUCAACUCCCAGAAUUCCUCAGUCAGCUGGCUAGAGAAUUCUGGGAGUUGAAGUCCAGACAUCUUCAAGCUUCCUCUUCAGGCCUCCUCCAUGUGAUUUUGAAGUGUCUUCCCAUUGGGGGUCUGGGGUCUAUUUCUCCUUCCUUUUCCUCACCGUUGGGGUCACUUAAUUCUCUUUCCAGCCAGCUCAGCCAGAUUUUUGAGAAUCUGACAAUUUGGGGUUCGGCCACCGAUUGGUUGUAAGCCUGGGUCCCUAAAAACGCUGAGGGUUAACAAGAUUUCCCCCAAAAUGCACUUUACCUUUUCAUUUUUUAAUGCUGCUAGUGUUAAUUUUAAUUUCUAGCCGGGCCUUCAAAAUCCUCCUGACGGUAUUUUCUCUGUUUUGUUUUGUUUUAUUUUGGGGGGGGGCUGUAAGGAUUUGGGAAUAAUGAUGCUAUUAUUAACUAUUUUGACCUGAUACUGUUUCUAGCUGCAUCAGUGCUGUUAAUAACCAAAAAAACCAGAAUUAAAACGGAACACAUGGACGGAAA